AUGGCCACGACGGAUUGGAAGUACUUUCCCAUCUCUGGCGUUAUCCCAAAAGAUGGGUCCGUCGGUAGUCCUACCGUCGAGGUGCCUAUCAGGCAGAAUAUCGACUCGUGGAGCAGUGAACCAGCCAACGAAAAGCAAGUCAAACUCUUCGUCAAGGCGUUAUAUCAUUUUCAGCACAUGGACCCCACAGACCGAGACUCAUACUUUCAGAUUGCCGGCAUCCACGGACAGCCCAAUGUGCCGUGGGAUGAGCCUAUUGAAAAGUCAGAGGCCGAGGGCAAGGGAUAUUGCACGCACAAUAACAUCUUGUUCCCAGUCUGGCAUCGUGCGUACCUUGCGCUCUACGAGCAACGACUGUGGGAGAUCAUGAACCACGACAUAGUUCCCAAUUUCCCCGAGGAGGGACGAUCAGAGUGGCAGCAAGCCGCUCAGACCUGGCGUCUUCCUUUCUGGGACUGGGGACUCUCCACAUCGGUGCCUGACUUGUGUAAAUACCCCACUACGCUCGUGCCAACUGCGGAUGGUAAAGGCGAAGAGGUUAUCACCAACCCUCUCUUCCAGUUUCGCAUGCCAACCAAUAAGCCCAUGUCGACUGUUGGUAUGGAGAACUUCAAGGACCCAUGGGUCCCUGAUGGAGGAAUGAUUUUUUACGGUGAAUGUAUCGGUACCAGCCGUUGGCCCCAAGAGGGUGAUAAUGUCUCUGGAAACACGGCGUGGAAGCACGGCGUUGUGAACAACUACAAAGUUCAAGAUGCGCUUAAGAAACCCUAUUGGGUCGCGAAUUCACCUUAUGGACAACCUGCAGAGAUGGUUUACCGUCUGCUCACAAUUCCCAUGGAGUAUUCUACCUUUGCAACCACUGCCCAGCUUUCCGAGGAUCAAAGCGUCGCAAAUGACGUGAACAUUGAAUAUAUUCACAACAACCUUCACGGUUGGGUGGGAGGUGAUCUUAACGGACACAUGUCGCAAAUACCAGUGGCAUCGUUCGAUCCCAUGUUUUGGCUCCAUCAUUGUAAUAUCGAUCGCAUUUUUGCCUUGUGGCAAGCUCUCAACCCUGACAAAUGGAUCGAGGAAAGUCAGGUCAAUGAGUUCUUUCAGGAGAUAAUUGGCCUUCCUAUUGGUUCCAAAAUUACCCCUGAGACCCAGCUACGGCCUUUCCACAAAGACGCCAGUGGGACUGUCAUGGUACCUAAUGAUGUCCGCUACCCUUAUAUCCUUGGUUAUACCUACCCAGAGUUGCAGACCUGGAAAUAUGAUCCUCAGGCCUAUACCUCCGAACAAUUUGUCAAAGAUCUCCACAAAACAAUCAAUGACCUUUAUGGAGUCUCGAGACAACAACUGCUUGACGCUACCAAUAAUCUCCAGGGAGUCGAAUAUCUUGAAGACGGAACCAAAAAUCUUGAUUUUGCGUUUAGCAUUCGCUACCGCAAGUAUGCGUUUGGUGGUGAACCAUUUUGGAUUCGCAUUUUCCUCUCCCGGGAUGGUGUGACGCAGAAUGCCGCUACGGACUUGAUUACCGAGGUCUACAACUUCAGUCAAAAGCCAGCAGAUCCAGCAUCGGGCAAGGUUGUCUGUGCGAACUGCAAGGACAAUGAAAAGGCGAAUCUGAAGUCUACUGCGGCCAUAUCGAUCACGCCAGUGCUAAUCAGUAUUCUCAAAGCGGGUAAAAAAGAAUUGCCCAGUCUUAAGAGAGAAGACGUCCUUGCAUUCCUGCAGAAACGAGCUUAUUGGAGAGUUUUCAAAAACGGCAAAGAGGUCCCUCGGAACCAGCUUGAUCCCCUCGACCUGGAAAUUAUUGGAAGUACCAAUGAUGCAACUCAGUUUAAGGACGCGACAAAGGCACCUCUCUUGGAAAACUUCAAAAAGGAACCUUCCAUCUCUGGUGGAGCCGACGGUGCGCUGGACCCGAGUCUUAGACAGCCUAUGACAGUCCCGCCGCCCGUGAAGCCGGAAAUCCCUCAGGCCGAUCUGAAGCUCAAUUCUUUCCUGCCAUUUAAGGAACCCCUGGGGCCUGAUGCUGUGGUCAUCAUCGAUUCAUCUAGUCUGGAUAUGACUCCAGCCAAGACUUCCGGUAUUGAUAAUACCCAGGUGGCUUUCUUAGAUACCACAGAGAAAGACGGUAACAUUUUGUUCCUGCUUUCCUUCCGCAGAUCCGAGAAUCAAAUUGUGCUCAACACUCGUUUAGAUAAGGCUUGGGGCAAAGAAGUCCGUAUUUCGCUGGAGGACAGGUUCAAGGGGACUACGCCAUCUAUCCUGAUCCACGAUCAAGGAGACGGGUAUGAGAUUUUCAUUGAUUGGAGACAUCUGGCGUGGUUUGAGAAACGUGACAAGGAGAAGGUGGCCAAAUCGGUGUCAUACACUAUAAAUGAGGGACAAUCAUCUAUGUUGGCUCCUCAACUGAAGAUCAGGGUCUAUCCUUCGAUGAAAGAAGUGUUCAAGAAGUAG